GUCAGCGGCCCGUUGAGUCUUCUGUGGGCAGGGCUGCGGUGUGCGCGUGACUGCUGUGUGGCGACGGGAGUCAUGGCUGGUCGCCGAGCUCUCCACUUCGUGUUCAAAGUGGGAAACCGCUUCCAGACGGCGCGUUUCUAUCGGGAUGUCCUGGGGAUGAAGAUUCUGCGGCAUGAGGAAUUUGAAGAAGGCUGCAAAGCUGCCUGUAAUGGGCCAUAUGAUGGGAAAUGGAGUAAAACAAUGGUGGGAUUUGGGCCUGAGGAUGAUCAUUUUGUUGCAGAGCUAACUUACAAUUAUGGCAUUGGAGACUACAAACUUGGCAAUGACUUCAUGGGUAUCACGCUCGCCUCUAGCCAGGCUGUCAGCAAUGCCAGGAAGCUGGAGUGGCCACUCACUGAAGUUGCAGAUGGUGUUUUUGAAACUGAGGCCCCAGGAGGAUAUAAGUUCUAUUUGCAGAAUCGCAAUCUGCCUCAGGCAGAUCCUGUAUUAAAAGUAACUCUAGCAGUGUCUGAUCUUCAGAAGUCCUUGAACUACUGGUCUAAUCUACUAGGAAUGAAAAUUUAUGAAAAAGAUGAAGAGAAGCAAAGGGCUUUAUUAGGCUAUGCUGAUAACCAGUGUAAGCUGGAGCUACAGGGCAUCAAGGGUGCAGUUGAUCAUGCAGCAGCUUUUGGAAGAAUUGCCUUUUCUUGCCCCAAAAAAGAGUUGCCAGACUUAGAAGACUUGAUGAAAAGGGAGAACCAGAAGAUUCUGACUCCCCUGGUGAGUCUGGAUACUCCAGGGAAAGCAACAGUACAAGUAGUCAUUCUGGCCGACCCUGAUGGACAUGAAAUUUGCUUUGUUGGGGAUGAAGCAUUUCGAGAACUUUCUAAGAUAGAUCCAGAUGGAAGCAAAUUGUUGGAUGACGCAAUGGCGGCUGAUAAAAGUGAUGAGUGGUUUGCUAAACAAAAUAAACCAAAGGCUUCAGUUUAAUGGAUGACAUCAUGUGGAACAAGCAUCUGUGAUUCCUGUCCAGCACCUCUGAGGCCUGAUGUGUUUGUCCGUGAUACUCUUAAAUUUGGUUGUUUCCUGUAUAAGCAAGGAGGCUUGGGUGGUGAAGAUUUGUGUGUUUCAAUCUUUGAAAGUUCUGGUAUGCUUUAGAAAUGAAAUCCAAUUAUCAUUCAUCCAGGUAAAGAGAACCCUUGCUGUAAUCUGCACGGUCACUGGAGUGGCACAUUCUGUGUGUAACUGUAUUAGAUUACUUACUGUAUUAGAUUAUCCCCAGACUGGGAUAGCUGUAUGCGAUAUUAUAAUGGUAAUACUCCUAGCAUCUGGUAAUAUGCUGUUCUAAUAUCUUACUCUGGUAGAUGUUGACAUUUAAAAAUUUUUUUUUAAAAAUUUAUUUUGUUGGACCAACAGAUUCAGUUAACACUCCCGUCUUACUUGCUUUUACAUUUUGAGUAGCCAGAGAAAACAUACAGGAAGGAU